CCGCGGCGCCGCCUCGCUAAUACGUCGAAAACAAGAAAUCUCAGAUAGUCAGGCUGCAGUAAGACUUUCUGGCAAAAACUGCUUAAAAUUGUGACGGACACAAUUCACGUCUAAAGCGUGACUUUAACUUUGCUGCAGGCGUUUUCUGCCCUUUAACUGAUCUCACACCAGCAGUGUGUUAGGAUUCCUAUAACAGGAGUUGAAAAUGAACUGUGGCCUGCUGACAAACAAGAAUGAGCCAGUUCCCCUGAAGCACAUUGAGGUGGAUCUGCAAGUUCAGGGGCAUGUAGCGACAGUGACCUCCACCCUGCAGUAUGUAAAUGAGGAAGAGCAACCCCUGGAGGCUGUGUUUGUCUUCCCCAUGCCUUCAGGAGCUGCUGUCUGUCAAUUCAGUGCCAAGAUUGCAGACCAGGAGAUAGUGGCUGAGGUGCAGGAGAAACAGGAGGCGCGAGAGCAGUAUGACGAUGCCCUGAGUUCAGGUGAACAGGCUUUUCUGCUGGAGGAGAGUGAGGAGUCUGUGGACGUGUUCAAGCUGAGUGUGGGCUCUCUACCCCCGGGACAGAGUGCCGCCAUCACCUUCACUUUCAUCACCGAGCUGAGUGUGCAGGCUGACCAUUCACUGCAAUUCUGCCUGCCAGCAGUGCUCAACCCCCGCUAUACACCAGCUGGUACAGGUGGUGGUAUAGUAUCAGAGAUAACAUCAAGUUCCACUGGCAUUCCCUACUCUCUCUCUUUUACUGCACACAUAAGCUCUCCAAACCCCAUCACCAAAGUGGAGUCCAAAUGUGCUCUCGAGCCUCUGAUGUUCCUCAACACAGACCACACAAAGGCAAAGGUAAGCCUUUGUGCAGGUCAUAUGUUUGACCGAGAUGUUGAGCUGUAUCUAUAUUAUCAGAAUCCCCAUCAGCUCACUGCUAUAGUGGAGGCUGAAGCGCCUGCGGCAAAACCAGGAACUCUCAUGGGAGACCCUGUGGUCAUGGUCAGUUUUUAUCCAGAGUUUCCUGAGUCAGUGAUGUCCUCUAUGUUAUCGUGUGGAGAGUUUGUAUUUGUUAUGGACAGAUCUGGCAGUAUGAGCUGCGACAUGCAUCAUGGACCAGGUGCACAAGAACGCAUUGUGUGUGCCAGGGACACUCUGCUCCUGCUGCUGAAGAGUCUCCCCGUGGAUUGUUACUUCAACAUCUAUGGCUUUGGCUCUCACUAUGAGUCCUUCUUUCCUAAAAGUGUCCAGUACAGUCAGGACACUAUGGAGCAGGCUGUGAAGAAGGUAAAGGAAAUGGAAGCAGACAUGGGGGGCACAGAGAUUCUGCAACCUCUGGAACACAUUUACAAACAGCCGUGCAUCCCCAACCACCCAAGACAGGUGUUCAUAUUCACAGAUGGUGAAGUAGAAAACACCAAGGAUGUGCUUCACUGUGUCAGGAGCAAUGCUAAUUUCCACAGAUGCUUCUCAUUUGGGAUUGGUGAAGGUGCAAGUUCUGCACUCAUCACAGGAUUGGCUGAGAACAGCUCUGGCCACGCCCAGUUCAUCACAGGAACUGACCGCAUGCAGGCCAAAGUAAUGCAGUCUCUCCGUUAUGCUUUACAACCAGCAGUGAUUGAUAUCACUGAGGAUUGGACUGGUGUGUCUUUCACCCGUCUGAGCCCCCCGAUUAAUUCACUUUUCCAUGGUCAAAGAGCACUGAUUUAUGCCCAGCUGAAAGGAGAGGAAUGCCAGAAACCAGAUGCUAAGGGGAAGAUAUCAGUUCGGUACCGUCUUGGAGAUCAGGAGAUCUCAAACAUUGUCCACUUCUCCCUGAAGCCUGCUGAGAACAGCGGACUGGCCAUCCACAGGCUGGGUGCUCGCUCUCUGAUCCGCUCUCUGGAAAGGGACGAGCAGGAUGAUGGAGCUGAUAAAGAGGCUCUGAAGGCCAGGGUGGUGGAUCUGAGUAAGCAGUCUGGAGUGAGCAGCUCACACACAGCCUUCAUAGCUGUCAAUAAAGGCAGCGGACAAGCUAUGAAAGGACCGAUGGUGACGAGAAGAAUUCCUAUCCUAAGAUUGAUGGCUUCACAAAUGUGCUACGCGUAUGGUUCUAUGGCUUCACCAAUGAGUUACCAAUGUCAAGCUUUACCAAUGAGUUACCCAUGUAAAGCUUUACCAAGACCUUGCUUUGCUGGUGGAUUUGAUUCAGUGGUAGAGUGUGAUGCCAGUUUUGACCUCAGCCCAGAAAUUGCUGAGCCUCCAAAGGACCCAUUGUUGCAGCUUAUCUCCCUCCAGAAGGCUUCUGGUUGUUGGGAAAUGGAGUCCACACUUGCAGAGGUGUUUGGGAAGACAGAACAAGAGCUGAUUGAGCAGAUUCCUGCACAGGUGAAGCCAGAUGUCUGGGCUACACUUCUGGCUCUGAUUUGGUUACAUGGCUUUAAGAUCGAUGCACAGGUUGAGUGGCAGUUUUUGGCCAUGAAAGCAGUGGCAUGGAUCCGCACUCAGAAAGUGGUCAACCAGUCAGUGUGUGUGCGGGUAGGAAAUGCUCUGCUGGGCUGUCAGAUUAAAGAAGAUGCUCUUGGCCUCUGAAGAAUUUACCAUCUUACAGUAUCUACACAAAAGCUGUGGCAUCAUUUCCCUUUCCUACAGUUUAAGAGAGCUUUUCUUUCAUUAGCAUGCUUUUACAUAUACUACUGUAGCUAUACAGCUCUAGAAACUUGAUUAUCUUGUAACAGUAAAGUAAGCAAAUAUUACCUCUUUGCACAUAUUUGAUUGUCAAUUGCAAAGCAUUCAAUAAAAAUACAAGAGUUA